GGGCGCUUGAAAAUUCUCAUAAACCCUAGUUUUCUCCUCCAAAAUCAGAAAAAAUUCUAGGGUUUUUAUGUAUUUGAAGAAGGGUUUAAUGUCUCAAAUUCAUAGAUGGAUGAUCAUAAACCCUUCAUUCUCACUUCAAUUUCAUUCCAAGUAGCGUUUUUCUUCACGAUUUUUUGCAUUUUGUUUGGGUUUUUCUGGUUUAACAAGGAGAAGACGAAGAAGAAAAAGUGUUGUGAUUGUGAUUGUAGUAAGAAGAUUAGUGAAGAAGAAGAAGAAGAAGAAGAAGAGGGGCAUAAAGGAUAUUUGAACGGAGGAGGGGAGAUGCCAGUUAGGGUUACAGAAGGAGCAGGAGGAGGAGGAGGAGGAGGAGGGAGUGUUUCGAUGAUGGAACAGUUGGUGCCGGAGAUUACAACUCAUGCUUUGAGUUAUUUGGAUUAUCCGAGUUUGUGUAGGCUUUCUAUGACUAAUUCUUCUAUGAGAAAAGCUGCUAAUGAUGAUAGUGCUUGGAAAAUGCUCUAUCAUAAGGACUUCACAGCGGAACAGGACAGCGUGAUGCCAGUAAAUGGAUGGAAGGCAUACUAUGCUGCUACUAGAGCAAUAAUGAACAUCAAUGCUGAGUUCUUCAACAUCAUAAGAGAUAGAUCGGUUCCUGGGAUGGGUGCUUUUUGGCUGAAUGCAGAUUAUGUAAAGUGUAUUCAUACAUCAGGAGAAGUUUUCUCAGGGUAUGACGCUGUUAUGGAAAGCUGGCAACUUACAUUCAACUGGGGCCAAGGGGUUGCCUUCCAGAUCAGGGAUGUGAAGACACGCGUAUUCACAGACAUAGCUUGGGUUACCAUGAAAACUUAUGUCGACGAUCCUAAUAGUGGGCCAUUCAACGUGACCAAUGUUUACGAGUUUCACAAAGGGCAGUGGUACUUGGUUCACCAUCACUGCUCUGUGAUACUAAUUGGCGCGGAGGCUGAUCAGCAAAACGUAUUUGGAUAGGGUUGGUGAAGGAAAACAGAAAACCAUGUGAGAAGGAAGACAUAGAAUUCGUUGUUGUCAUCUUUUCUACUUCUCCUCUCUUUUGAAAAAAAAAAAAAGUCUACCUACUCAGUGGGUUUCGUUUUCGGAUCUUUGACAUAUACAUAACAAUAUAUAGAAAUUUUCUGUACCUACUCCUGAGUUUGUUCUUUUUUUUCUCACCCUGGUGGUAUUUGCAUCUAAUUUGAUCUUUGGAGUACUCAUCUAAA